AUGGAUACACAGAAGAAAUACAUGGCAUCAAACGAUACUUCUAUGAACAAUGCAAAUUUAAAAAGAAAUCAAAGUCUUAAUGAUGACAUUUGGAAAAAACCAAAUACAAUAAAAAAGAAACAAAGCAUGACUACUGGAAGCUGCCAACAACCAGAAUCAGCUUCUACAAGUCUUAUGAAAUACUUAUUGGAAAAAAAAGAAACAAAUAAAGACAGUGAUAUUGAUCCUAUAGAUGCGUUUCUCAAAGGUAUUGGUGCUACAUUGAAGACAUUUGAUCCUUAUUCUUUAAAUUUGGCAAAAUCUAGAAUAUUUAAUACCGUUCAAGACAUUGAAAUGUCCCAAAUUUUAAACAAACAACAAUCAUGUGCUUCUAAUAAUCAACCUUCCCCAUUGCCGUCAUCUAACUCAUUAUACAGUAACUAUUCUCAGUCGCAAUCACCACAGUUGAUUAUACAACCAGCCAAUACAAUAUUUACACAAAAUGCGUUUACGACAUUUGGAAAUGAAAAUCAACACCAAUAA